GGGGUUUCGCUGUGAUUGUCUCAUUCGCUCGUGGUGCUUAGAGAUCCCGCGGAGGGAAAGAGGAGGGGGUGGCUCCCGGAGCUUCCAGUUCUCCAAGCCCCAUUUCCAGGGGAAAGUUUCCCCACUCCUGCCAAGAUGCCCAACUUCUCCGGUAACUGGAAGAUCAUCCGUUCAGAAAACUUUGAGGACUUGCUCAAGGCGUUGGGAGUCAAUGUGAUGCUAAGAAAGAUUGCUGUGGCAGCUGCUUCAAAGCCAGCAGUGGAGAUUAAACAGGAUGGAGAGAGUUUCUACAUCAAAACUUUUACCACCGUGAGGACCACUGAGAUAAACUUCAAAAUUGGGGAAGAGUUUGAGGAGCAGACGGUGGACGGGAGGCCCUGUAAGAGCUUGGUGAAAUGGGAAAACCAGAACAAGAUGGUCUGUGAACAGAGACUCCUGAAAGGGGAGGGACCCAAGACCUCCUGGUCCCGGGAGCUGACCAACGAUGGAGAAUUGAUCCUGACCAUGACGGCAGACGAUGUGGUGUGCACCAGGGUCUACGUCAGGGAAUGAGUGCUGAAGGGAUGUCCUGAGAGGGUCUCCUACAUCUUCUGCAUCUCUCCCGCUCCGUAGCCUCCCAGUAACCAACCACUCAUCUUGAGAGUCUUUUGUUUACCUUGUCCCUGCUUUCCUUCCAACUCUACCCAGCUAGUCCUCUGCCCUGCCCCUUGUUAUGUCUGGAAGUCAAGAUCCUGAGCUCUUCUUAAAGCAUACCAGUGCUUCCUCUACCCUUCCCUAUUUCACAUGACCUAUCCUAAGUGAAUCCCUGAGCACCUUGGCCAGGAUUUUUGCUUCCCUCCCUCUGUCUCUGAUCCAGAGACAGCCUAGGAGAGGUCUUCUCCAUUUCUGAGAGAUUGUAAAAGAGAGAGAGAGCUCCCCACCAACAUGGAACAGAAGCCCAUGGUCUCUGCUUUAUCCCCAAGGCCUCUCCCUCUACCCUACAGCAUUCCCUUCCUUCCCUACAGCCCUGUAGCUGAUUCAGUUUAGAAUAUUUAUUUGUUAAUGUUAUUAAACCCUUUGAAAGUUAAACCUCUUUCUGACCACUAGCGUUUGAUUUUGGAGGGAGGAGGGAAACCUGGAAGAUGGGUGUGGGCAUAUGAAAAUGGGGAAUAAGUGACUGGGCAGCAGGUAAAAAGAUACAUUGCUUCUUACUGCCAAACCCUUUGAACAUAUGGCCAACAUUCCCUCUUUACCCACUUCUCCUUUGGUCCCCUGAAAUAUGGUUUCUGUUCCCACAACUCAACUGAAUGCUCUUUUAGAAGGGUACCAAUGACCCUCCUUUGUCAAAUCCAAUGACCUUCCCUCAGUUCUUAUUCUUCUUGACUUUCUGACGGCAUUUCCAACUGUCUACCAGUGUGGACAAGGGAAGAAGCCCUGGUCUCUGUGUCUAGAAGGCCUGGCUUUGAGUUUCCUGGCCCAGUUAUCCACUCUGUGUAAGAAAGGAGAACAAUACCUUUGCCACCUACCUCACAGGUUUGUUGGGAAUGGUUUUUAUUAGUCUUAACCACUCCCUUCUUCUUAAGACUUGGCUUGAGUGAAGAUGCAUUGUCCUUAUUUCCAUCCCUAUCUGCUAUCACCUCCUCAUCCUCUCUGUGGGCAUCCCUCAAGGCUCUGGCCUUAGUCCUCUGCCAUUCUCUCUCUAUCCUUUCAUCCCUUUGGUGAUCUCAUCUCCUCCUACACCUUCAACUGUCACCCCGGUGUGGGUGACUUCCAAAACUUCACCUCCAACUCGAUCUUCUCUCAUGCUCUUGUCCCAGAUUCCAAACUGCCUACUAGGUGUUUCCACCUUGAUAUUCCCAUUGGCCCCUCACAUUCAACACAUCUAAAAAUGAAUGCUUCCCCACCCCAAUGUCCAGGAGUAGCCUCAUUCAACUAGACCAUUAGACCAGGCACCCUGCUACCCUCAAAGCUUCAGACAUUGUUUUGUUUUUCUCUAUGUUCAGAUCUAUUCCCAACUUCCCUCAUUUUUCAGUGUCUUUUCAAUUCCAUCCCUUCCUUUCUUUUCAUACCUAUUUCCAACUCAUCUUCUCAAACCUGAAUUCUUUCUUAAAAUAGUAAACAUUUUUAUUUAAAGUUUUGAGUUCUAAAUUUUAUCCCUCCUUUCCUCCCUUCCCUCCCCACUCCCUGAGGAGGUAAGCAAUCAGAUAUAGGUCAUA